AACAUGUUUUCAGUGCGGAUCGUCGCGGCGGAUUACUACAUGAGCAGCCCGAUCAGAGAGCUGGACGUCUGCUAUUCCGAGUUCAGAGAGAGCGAUGUCAAAAAAGUGCCCGUGGUGCGGAUCUUUGGGGCCACACCAGCAGGCCAGAAAACAUGCCUUCAUCUGCAUGGGAUUUUUCCAUAUAUCUAUGUGCCGUACGAUGGGUUUGGACAGGAAGCUGACCGCUACCUUCGACAGGUUGCCUACAGCAUCGAUCGAGCCCUGAAUAUCAGCAUGGGGAAUCCUUCGUCGAAUGUGCAGCACAUCUUUAAAGUGGUUUUGGUGACUGGCAUGCCUUUCUAUGGAUACCAUAUGAAAGAAAAAAGCUUCAUGAAAAUUUUCCUCUACAACCCACAGAUGGUCAAAAGGGUGAGUGAGCUCCUGCAGGUUGGAGCUGUAAUGAAUAAGAGUUUUCAGCCCCAUGAAGCUCAUAUUCCCUUCCUGCUGCAACUGUUUAUCGACUACAACCUCUACGGCAUGAACAUGAUCAGUCUUGCUGCUGUUAAAUUUAGAAAAAACAGGGCAACAGUUUCUGAAGAAGAACAGAUGCUCAAUAGAGGGGGAAGCACUAGUCCAUGGAAGAAUUCCUGUGCGUCCACAUUUAAUGAAAAUGGGCUUGGGGAUACUUUGUGUACUCGCUGGGAGGAGAACAACAUACCAAGUUCUCUGAUAUUAGAAGAGGUGGAGCGGGUGAGUGUGUGUGAGCUGGAAGUGGACGCUGUUGCUGCUGAUGUUCUCAACCGUCUAGACAUUGAGAAUCAGAUUGGCAGGAACCCUGGUCUCCAAGCCAUCUGGGACGAUGAGAAACAGCGGAGACGGCAGAGAAGCGAAAGCUCUCAUAUUGAUGUAUCUGAAUCACAAGAUAGAGACCUUGCAGAGGUUGCGGAGAGUGAAAGAAUCUUCAUGAAGAGAGUUAAAGACAUUCUGAGGGAAAAUGAAUUUGACAUGACUCAGACAGGGUCUGAAAUUGAUUCUUUACCUGAUCUUUCGCUCUAUUCUACUGUACUAAGUCCAGAUGCCUUGCCUUGCGUACAUGCUAGCCAAGUAGAUCUUCAUCAAGAUGCAGUAAAAGAUACAAAAAGAGACUGUAGAAAAGAUGAUGAAGUAGCAGUUGUUGAUGAAGAGGCCAUUUUGAGCAUGCUGGAAAAUAGUCAGUCUUUCCUCCAGCUCUCUCAGACAUCCAGCCAGUCAGCAAUAUUUGACGGCAGUCAAGAACAGGCCAUGGUUGAUCUUCUUGAAGCAUUGGCUAAUGAUGGAUUUGGAGAUAAGGGCUCAAAAGCAGUGAGUCAACAGCUAACCGGGAUUGCUAGUUGCAUCUAUAACAGUGAUGAUGAGGAAGCUGGGCCUGAACUGGAGAAAAAAGAAUCCGAACUCAGUAAAAUAAUGUCACAGAGAUGGGACAGUGACAUUCCAGAGACCUCGGCAAGACAAAGAUUAUUAAUGAAAGCAAACGAAAGCUCGAGUGAAGAGCAGGAAGCUUCAUCUGAUGAAGAAGGAAUAUGGAAGGGAAUUAACAGCUUUCAAACUGAUCUGUCCAUUCCCCAGCUGGAUGGAGCAGCAGAUGAGAGUAGUGAUUCAUCGUUAAAAGAAAAAGGAUCCCAGACACGUUCAUAUAUAAAAGGAACAGACAAGAUCCUUGCCAACAGAAAUGUUUUUCCAAAAGAAGCUGUUCGAAUCGAGCCAUCAUCCUCUGUUAAUAUUGUGAAUGAGUACAAAUGUUCCGCGCAAACACCAAAUCAAGAUUUGGCAGAUAAGCAUUUAAAAAGUGGAGAAACGAUUGAAUCUUCAAAUAUGUUAAGUAAUAAAGAGGUGCCAUAUAUUCCACCAGUUAAACACCCCAUCUCUUCUAAUACAAGAAUUACAAAUAAAGUUGAUUCUGAUCAUCCAGAUCUUGAGGAUUUAAUGUUUGGAAAUUCUAAGCUUGUCCAAAGCAUAAAAAAAUAUUCCAGCAUUAAACAUGUCGAGAAGAACAAUUUAACCAUCUUGGAGGAUCAGAGAAGCUCGUCUGCAUGUUAUUCUGGGCUGACAGAAAGCAUGACCAAGACUAAAAUUGUACUCAAUUCAACUGACUCCAGAAAUCCUGUAAAAGUUUUUGAACAGACACAGAGCCCAGUAGAAGAUAGCCCAGCUUUAGGACCUGAGGAAAAGGAGAAGGGACAAGAAGGGAAAGAGGAUGAUGUUGGGGAAUUGAAAAUACGAUAUGAAGACUACCAAGAGAAUAAAGCUGAUAGGCCCAUUGUGGCACAGCAGGAGGCACACUACAAAUUUUUCCCCAGCGUUAUUCUGUCUAAUUGCCUGGCAAGACCGAUCAAAAAACAGGCCGGGAGCAAAACUGGAGAUGUUUUCUGUACCUUAGACCAACCUGAGCAGCGAAAGUCAAGGUUAAAGUUGACCAAAAAAAAACCCACAUUGGAUCAAAAAAGGGGGCUUCCAGUAAAGACCCAUUCUCCUAUGAAAGAAGAACCUCCAGCCCUUCUUUCCAUCACUCCAGCCUCUCACAAUCAGAAAGAAGUGAACAAGGAGGUUGACUUGGAAACUUCAGGACCAUUAAUUGAGAGUUCGGGAAAGGGAGAUUUUGCAAAUAUUCCCACAAACAUCUCUUGCACCAAGGUGACAAGUUUGCCAGGCAGCAAAUAUACCUUGCGGACCAAAAGAAAACGGAUUUAUGAAAAAGGAGAUCAUCCAAGAUCUGAUUCUUCCAAACAAGCCUCGGUGCAUCACGAUGACCUUAAAGGCAGUGAUCAUGUCUUCAGUCAAAAAAAGAGGAAACUGACUAAAAAAGAGCCACCGGUUAUCAUCAAAUAUAUAAUCAUUAACAGAUUUAAAGGUCAGAAGAACAUGUUAGUAAAGAUUUCUAAAGUCAGUUCUGAUGAAACUCACACAGUUCUAACACCGGAAAAGCUUGCUGGAUAUGAACAGCUUGCUCCUCUCAAAAAAUUCUGGCCCGAAAUUCCAGAGUCUACAGCAGAGAAGUACCCGUCGCUUGAGCCAAAAGUAAAGAAAUGUGCCAAACGGAAAGCUAAGAUCAACCCAGUGUUAAAAAGGAUGACCACCUUCCCAAAAUCCAAGUGUCCACGAGUUAGCCAGACUAGAGGGCAAAGACGUGCUAAAGCAAUGUUGCCUGUGCAAACAUUACCCCCUCCAUGGCCUUCUUAUAAUGAUUUUACAGAUGACACCUGUACAGAGUAUUGUGAUGUCAUGAUGAAGUUGGGUUACUUGUCAGAAAGAGCCCCCAGUCCUAUUGACUCAACCCCUCCUAGAUGUUGGUCUCCUACAGAGCAAUUGCAUGGAUCAAAUUCAAAUGAUCAUUUUAUAAACCCCUAUAAUGAUCCAUGUCUAGGUUCUUCCUGUGAAGCCCCAUCUCCAAAACCAUGCCAAAGUGGUCUUUUGAAUAGAAGCAGAAUGCAGAGACCUAAAAAGACUUCUGGUACCAGCCAAAAAAGAAAAUCUAAUAGCUUAACAACAUCAAUAAACAAGGAUUGUCUGAAAACUGAGGAUUCACAAUGGAAAAGUAUUCCAGCAGCUUCAAGGAAGCAUAAGAAAUAUUGUGAUGGUAUUGAAAGGCCAAUGUUCGUAGAUGUUACAUCUACUUCUCAAAAAGGAUGGAUGCGCAAUGAGAAGCAAUUACUUAAAAAAAAGCAGGAUCAUGGCAAAGGAAGCAAUAAUUCACAGGCCCCGAAUUCACCUGACACUUUAACUGUUACUCCAUUAUCUGAUUAUCUAACUCCUUUCCAGUGUCCAGGUUUUCUAAAAAGCAUUCCGGAGGACCUUGCUCUCGGUAGUUCAGACUCACAAACUGAGGUCCAUAGUUUCUUUGAUGCUAUUGCUUCAAAUAACUCCCAGAAAGACUUACGAAUUACUCCCAAUUCCACUAUUGAAAAGUCUUUCAAUAUUCUUUCCCAAACCACAAAGACUGUAGGACAUCCAUGUUCUGUCAUAACAUAUGGCAGUUCUAAUUCAAAAUCAAAAAAUACGAGUCAAGAUGGGACUAAAACAAAAAACCAUGAAUUCAUAUCAGUGGUCUCUGGCCAUGAAGAAAGAUCUGGUACUGUACAGCAAUCACAGUUACCCAUAACAUCAAGAAAACCACAAGCAAGAAAGAAAGAUACUGUAACGGCUUUAUUGAAGCCUGUUGAUUCUAUAUCUUCUCCUACUUCCUCUACUAAGAGUGCAGCUGUAUAUGAAUCAUACACAGGUCUCACAUUGUCCUCCGAUUUUAAGACUAGGGAAAUGUGUGUUUUGAAGGAACUUCUCCAGAAGAGGCAACUCAAGGAAGGACAGGAAGCACAUAAAAGUGAUGAUUUGGCUGAGGCUGUUUCUUCCACCAGUCAAAAUACUGAUGUUGCCAAAAAGGCAAAAUCUAAGAGAACUCCGUCAUCAACAUCAAGAAAACCAAGGGGUGCAAGAACAAAAGUGCAAAACGAGUUGAAGUUGAAAACCAGAUGUAAGAAAAAUAAACAGGAUGACCAGAGAAAUGAUUGUCUUUCCUCAGAUGGCAGUCCUGUGUUUUUUUCUGAUCCUGGGUUUGACAGCUGUUGCUCUGUUGAGGAUAGCUUGUCCCCAGAACUUCCAGACAAUUACAGAUUUGAUAUCAAUGUCAUUGGCCAAACAGAGUUCUCCAGUCUUUAUUCUGGUAACCAGUUUGUGUUAACUGACAAGAUCUUGCCUCAGAAGUUCCUCAGUGAUGUCAGUCAAGAGGCAGCGAAUGCGCUGGUUGGGUUGGGGAACAGGACACAAAAGAUGUUUGAUGUUGAUGAUAACUGCAAUCGUGAAAAGGAUCGGAAUAAAUCUGGUGCUCUUAGUCCAGAAUUGUUUGAUAAGGUGUCUUGUGAAAAUGGCAGAGUUUUUCCCAAUAAGGUAUCUCUGUCUCUGCUAGAUUCAGAAAAGAUCUUUAGCACAAAUUGGGCUGGCUCUUUAGGUAAAAUUCAUGGCCUCAGCCACUUUCAGGACUUUCACUGUGAAAAGAGAGAUGUGCUGCUUGACCCAGAGCCCAAAUCCCCGAUUAUGUCUGCUUCUUUUGCUUAUGGUGUUUCCCCAAAUAGUGAUCUCCUAGAUUGCAGUUCACUAACACCAAGCAGUUCACCACGCUCCAUCAACUCUCUGUCUCAGCUGAAGAGUUCAAGGACUGGUGGAACUCGCAUUCUCAAACCUCUGAUGUCUCCACCUGCUCGAGAAGAGAUAUUGGCUAAUUUGAUGGAUCUGGACUUUUCAGAAGCUACAAAACAGGAACCCUUCUACAGUGACCCAUCAGAUGUACCCUUGAAGCCAAGGGAGGUCGGUGGUCGAAAGUUGAUUUUGGAAACCAGGCAGGCAAACAAACUAGUUGAAUUCCAUGGGGACUUAUCUCAAGAUGGUUUACAGUUUUGGAAAGUAGCAUUUUCUGCAAUGACAAAUCAAGCCUCUGCUCCAACCCAAGGGUGUAAAUCCUCCAAACUGAUCAAGAACCCAAACCCAUCUUCUAUCAGUGAUCCAAAAGUUAUCAUCCUUCCCUGCAAGUGUGCCCCAAGCCGAGAGCAGGUGCAGCUCUGGGUGCAGGCCAAAAAACAGUACGAGUGCCUUCAGAGAGGUAGGAUAAAAACUGGUGGCCAUGAGAUUUCAGAGCUGAAGCAGAGUACAUGUGACAGGAGCACAACUCAGAAGACCUCGAAUUCGCUUUUCUCAGAGAAUCAUGAAAAAAAGCCUGAGAAAAAUUCAGAAUCGCAACACAUCAGUAGAAAUGACUUCUGUUCACCCCUCCAUUUUUCACCAGUGAAGGCAGCUUCAUCUGACAGUAGCCCUAGGAGUGUGAAAUGUGUUCAGGACAUUGACAAUGCAAAAGAUUGCCGGAUUACUUCUCUUCCAAACUCACCUGAGAUUUCUACAUGGCAAGACAGCCCAGAUGAGGUUGAGGAAGAUGAGGACAAGGAGAAUCUGACUGAGGGAUUGCAACCCCUCUGUGUGGUUCAAAAUUUGAAUGAGACAUCACUGGAAAAUGCGGAGUCAAAAGAUCACUUGAGUCCGUCAAUUUUUGGCAUUAAAGGCCUAGUUUCAGAUGUCAGAUACUCGCACCUACUCCAUAGUACACCUGUUCAAAGGAGAAACAGCACUGACGAUGAAGCCUCUAGCUGCAGUCCAGUGCGACAUGAAGACAUUGAGCGCAGAUCUCAGCGGCUUCAUCAGAAGAGUAACAAAAACAAAACUGCUUUACGGAGAGUUUUGCUUAGCACACAAGUGAAGAAUCAGCUUACCACCAUGAAUGUUCCAAAGAAAGAAAACUCACAGAUUGAGGGACCAUCAUUCUGUAAUUCCUAUGGCUUUAAAGUCAGCAUGCAGAACUUGCAGGAGGCCAAAGCGUUGCAUGAGGUACAACACCUCACACUGAUGAGUAUGGAACUCCAUGCAAGAACACGUCGCAACCUUGAACCUGACCCUGAGUUUGACCCAAUUUGUGCUUUAUUUUACUGUCUGAGUUCUGAUGUCCUUCUCCACGAUUCUGGCACUACUCGGAUAGAGGGUGCCAUUGUCAUUGAUAAAGAGAGUUGUUCUUCAGCUCAAGCUUCCAGAAGUUCGACACCCUUUCUUUUUAGGUGUGGUGUGACAGGACUGCCGGUGUCCUAUACCUGUGAUGAGAAGGAGCUGUUUGAAGAGGUCUCUAACAUAAUUAGAAAGUAUGACCCAGACAUUCUUGUUGGCUAUGAGGUCCAGAUGCAUUCUUGGGGCUAUUUACUACAGCGCGCUUCAACGCUUGGUGUGAACUUGUGCCAACAACUAUCCCGUGUGCCAGGAGAUUCACAACAGAACCAUUUCAUACCAGAGAAAGAUGAAUAUGGAGCAGACACUAUGACGGAAAUCCAUAUUACUGGGCGCAUUGUUCUCAACAUCUGGAGAAUAAUGAAGACUGAGGCUGCUUUGAAUAACUACACUUUUGAGAAUGUGGCUUUCCACCUCUUACAUCAGCGCUAUCCUCUUUACAGUCAUCGCACACUUUCUGAUUGGUUUGACACACAUCUGCACAGGUGGAAAGUGAUGGAUCAUUACGUGAGUCGUGUGUGUGGCACAGUUCAAUUACUCCAGCAGCAGGAUAUAAUUGGCAGGACAAGUGAGCUGGCACGCGUAUUUGGAAUCCAGUUCUACCAUGUGCUAACCAGGGGCUCACAGUACCGUGUGGAAUCAAUGAUGUUAAGGAUUGCAAAGCCAAUGAAUUACAUCCCAGUGACCCCAAGUACUCAACAGCGUGCCCAGCAAAGAGCUGCACAGUGCAUUCCACUUGUCAUGGAGCCAGAGUCGCGUUUCUAUAGCAACUCAGUCAUUGUGUUGGAUUUCCAGUCGCUUUAUCCAUCCAUCGUCAUUGCCUACAAUUACUGUUUCUCCACAUGCCUUGGCCACAUCGAGAAUCUUGGAACAUACGAUGAGUUCAAGUUUGGUUGUGCAUCUCUCAGAGUCCCUCCUGACCUUCUGUAUCAGCUCAGAAAUGACAUCACUAUUUCUCCCAACGGUGUCGCAUUUGUUAAGUCCUCAGUGCGCCGAGGUGUUCUUCCUAGAAUGCUGGAGGAGAUUUUGAAGACAAGGAUUAUGGUGAAGCAGUCCAUGAAGGCGUACAGGAAUGACAAAGCUCUUUUACGGCUGCUAGAUGCCAGGCAGCUUGGACUCAAGCUUAUUGCUAAUGUCACUUUUGGUUAUACUUCUGCCAACUUCUCAGGACGGAUGCCCUGUGUUGAGGUGGGUGACAGCAUUGUGCACAAAGCUCGAGAGACAUUGGAGAGAGCCAUAAAGAUGGUGAAUGACACAAAGAAGUGGGGGGCACAUGUUGUCUAUGGAGAUACAGACAGUAUGUUUGUGUUGUUGAAAGGAGCAACCAAGGAACAGGCAUUUAAGAUUGGUAAUGAAAUUGCAGAGGCGGUCACUGCCACCAACCCUAAACCCAUCAAACUGAAGUUUGAAAAGGUUUACCUUCCAUGCAUUUUACAGACUAAGAAGCGUUAUGUUGGAUACAUGUAUGAAAGUGUGGAUCAGGAAAACCCAGUCUUUGACGCUAAAGGCAUUGAAACUGUACGUCGUGAUGGCUGCCCUGCUGUUGCGAAGAUUAUGGAGCGAUCUCUGAAGCUACUUUUUGAGUCACGUGACGUUAGCCAGGUGAAGCAGUAUGUGCAGCGUCAGUGCGUGAAGGUGCUAGAGGGCAAAGCCAGUAUGCAGGAUCUCACCUUUGCCAAAGAGUACAGAGGCAGUGGAUCAUACAGACCAGGGUCUUGUGUCCCUGCCCUGGAACUCACAAGGCGUAUGAUGGCGUUUGAUCGACGUUUAGAGCCACGUGUGGGUGAACGUGUGCCAUAUGUUAUUGUGUAUGGGAUUCCAGGAGUACCACUUAUACAGCUAGUUCGUCGUCCUUCUGAGGUACUACAGGACUCCAGUCUUCGCCUCAAUGCCACCUAUUACAUCACCAAGCAGAUCUUGCCACCACUCGCACGAAUUUUCAACCUGAUUGGAGUCGAUGUGUUCAGCUGGUACCACGAGUUGCCGAGGGUACAGAGGGGUUGGAGCUUUACAGGCAGUGGAAGGGGAGAAGAAGGCACAAAAAAGGGCACCAUCUCUCAGUACUUUACAACACUGCAUUGUCCGGUUUGUGAUGAGCUGACGCAACUGGGAGUGUGUGUGCGUUGCCGGGCUGAACCACAGUGUGUUGCCGUCCACCUACACCAAGACUUGCGGCUUUGGGAAAGUCAGCAAGACCAGCUUUUAAAGAUAUGUAGAAGCUGCAGUGGCAGUGCAGAGCGUCAAGUGCCAUGUGUCUCAUUGGACUGCCCUGUACUCUACAAACUGUCUCGUGUUAAUAGGCAUUUAUCCCGAGGCCCAUACCUUCGGCAGCUGGUUGAACAGUUCUUGUAGUUCAGCGAACUACACCCCCCUUGCAUUUUAUCGUGGUGCUUAACAUUGUGUGCCGUUCAUCUGAGGAAGCUGAACUGAUUCUAAUGCACUGUUUAAUUUCCUGUGUAGUUGUCUUUUGAGUGUUUGUUGACAUUUCUGCUAAUUGACAAGUCAAAGGGCAUCAUCUUCUGUAAAAUGCUUGUGCUGCAGCACUUUCUAAAUCAAGGGUAUUCAGUUCUAGCUGCAAUUCUUUAGCAGCAAUGUUUGACUCCAGUGAUGCUUCCUCUGUAUUAGAGAAGUCUUGUAAAUAGGCCUUGCAUAUAAUGAUCUAAAUUUGAGGGGGGGACGAGGGUUUUGUUUCCUGGCUCUGCUUCAGGAUUUCACAGAUUUGCUGGGAGGUGUCAUGUUUGUCCAUUUUGCAUAGGGGGAAAAGUCCGAGCACGAGCUAAUCAGUGCAAGAUUUAGCUUAGACUUUUAAAAUACGCUUGAUAAUUUAUUGCAAGAGUAUAUAUUAUCUGUGUUUACGAUUGUGAUCCUAAAAUACCUUUCUGAUGCCUUCUAAAACUCUGGAUUUUUUUACAGAGCUGCAGAACCAGUGUUUGUAAAAUUACAACAAAAAAAAAACUAAGGUGCUUUGUUUUUAAAGAACAUUGUGAUGUAAAGUUGUAUCAAAUAAAACUCAUUGCUUAUAACAAA